CACACGCGCGCACACACACACACACACACACACACACACACAGUCCUGGAUGACGGGGAGGAACGUCAUGGAGGGAAAAAGGAAUGACGCAGCAGUUUGAGGCCAUAGGAGGGGCUGCUGUCCAGGGAAAAAGAAAACAACGCAACACCAAAGUGCUCUCUCUCACACACACACACACACACACACACACACACACACACACACACACACACACACACACACACAGAGUAACUGAGAGUACUCUUGGAUUCAGGCUCAUGAAUAGGACCAUUAGCAGGCGGCACUGCACUCAGACUUGCUUGCUCUGUGUUGAGCGUGUGGUCAGAGAAGAAGCAGCCAUGAGACGAUCAUGAUCGAGACGACUGCUCUGCAGAAAGCACUGUGAUGCGAUUUUUGCUCUGCGUAUGACUGGACGGAAGCAGCUGGGUUUCAUUUUGCUGAGAAGUCUGCCAGUAAGGAGUCUGGAGUGUGAGGCCAGUACUUCUCCCUGGUGUCAGGAGCAUCAUCUGCAUCAGCUCAACUAUUUUCAGUUAUUGAUGAUGGUGGUCAAUUCCAUGAUGGACAACUUGCACCCACACAAUGUCCUUUCUCGGCUCAGUGAACAGCGAUCGCUUGGUCUUUUCUGUGAUGUUACCAUUGUUGUGGAGGACAUCAAAUUCCGUGCUCACAAAAAUGUCUUGGCUGCGACUAGCGGAUAUUUCCGCAAUGCUUUCACAGGCUCUGAGAUUUGCGGCUCUAGCCAGGUGCUAGAAAUUCCAGAUCUGAAGUCAGAGGUGUUUGCCAGUAUUCUUAAUUUUAUUUACUCCUCCAAAGUGGAUUUAGCAAAUAAAGGGGACAACAAGUCCUUAAUAGCUGCAGGGAGAAAAUUAGGGAUCCCAUUUCUAGAGAAGCUUCUUGAGAUCGAAAGACAAGACUCUGGAAUGGCACAAAAUCAAGCUUUUGCAAAAUCAGAAAGUUCACAGAAUCAGACAAAACUGUCUGUUUGCUGCACUUUAAAGAAGGAGGCACCUCGACUUGAGGAGCAAGAGUGCACCAAAGGUCCACGAAUAACUAAUGCUUUCUCCAUUACAGAAGUACCAGAAGUUAACAACCCAUUUACUUCAGUGGACUCGCAUAGUAGUGGCCACCAAACACCAGACAUGGCUCACCAACCACAAUCAAGAACACCAUCUGUCGAAAGUGAUUCUGUCGAUGCCGUGUUUGAACACUCAUAUGCUGUAAACAAAGGCCUUCAAACUUCUGAGCUAAAUGAGACAGUACAACAAUAUGAUAAAGAGGUCACAAAGCCUGUUGUGCUACCUUGCAAGACUCUGAUCAACCAUAGGCUUGGUCCCAUUAAAAAGCGCCAUCGACUUUGCAAAGGUUUGACACCUUUAGCCAAUGUAACUAGUGAAAAUGUUCAGAGUCCUGUUAGCAGUUCUGUUGUACAAAAUGGUCCCCCUGACUCCACAACUAUGCUGCAGUCUCCAAGCUCAAAUUCAGGCUUGUGUUCUGCCCCAGACCUGUUGCUUCCACCUGAUAUCCUGCCACAACAGGAUGAUGAUCCGCCUUCCUUAAUUCCAGAAGAUGUACCGACAUCUACAACUUACCGCUGCCAGCAAUGUCCUGAAGCCUUCAGCAGUUCAGCACUCCUUGCUGUCCAUAUGCAAAGCCACAAGAGAAGAUUUGUCAGUCAUCUGUUUUGCAAAUACUGCUAUAAAAAGUUCAUGCACCUGAAACGAUUGCGCAAUCACGAACAAGUGUGUUUCAAAGGCCUACCACAGCUGGAGCCGAAUGGCAAAGAGGCUUCAGUCAGCCAAGAUUCAAGUAGCACAUCCAUCCUAGAUGAUACAGCUUUCCCAAGUUCUGAGAUUCAAGAUCCUCCAAAACUUGAUAGUACAUUAUCAGGCCCGUUGGAAGCACUUCAAGAAGGAGUUACCAAAUCAAGUGGUCACCGGGCUUAUAAAUGCAGUGUGUGCAAACGAGCCUAUGUAACUCUGUCUAGCUUAAAAAGACACGAGAAUGUGCAUUCAUGGCAAAGAGCCUAUCCUUGUCACUACUGCAAUAAAGUUUUUGCUUUAGCAGAAUACCGUACCAAACAUGAGAUCUGGCAUACAGGAGAGCGACGCUAUCAAUGCAUCUUCUGCUUGGAGACCUUUUUGACUUACUACAUCCUCAAAAACCACCAGAAGUCAUUCCAUGGCAUCGAUCCACGUUUGGCAGUGAAUAAAAAGUCUGCUAAUGGUGGUUUCAAAGGAAGUGUGUACCCCAUAAAACUCUACAGACUUUUACCAAUGAAGUUCAAGAAAAAAGGAUACAAGACUUACAGUCAUACUUACUCUGAAGUCAUGGGCAACCACAAUCAUUCUUUCACUGCUCCACUUAAAGGCACAGCUCCUAUUCAUAACUCAGAAAGUGCCAUUAGUGGACAAUCAUUGUUCUCAAUGCCUGUGACCUUUAUGGCAACUCCAAAGAUGAUGGCUUCAGAAAUGCCGCACAUUACCUUUGACCAGUCAUGUGACCAGCAGGCAGAAACUCAUUUGGAUUCUGAUAAGAAUUUGUCUCAUAGUGAAGAGGAUCCCUUUAACCCCACUAAUACCCAUAGUGGAUUGGCAGGCUUUCAGGCCUCUGUGUCACCUGAUUUUGGUUGUGGAUACACCCCAUCUAUGACAACAGAGGAAAACACAAGGACAUCUAUGCUAAUGCACCAAAAUGACUCAUCUCCCACACAAACCAGUAGUAACAGAAGCAAAGCGGUUCUACCAUUCCUCAACAUACCACCUGUGUGCUCAUUUGAGGGACUCAGUAAGCUUAGUGAAUUAUCAGCAGCUGCACAAACUAUUGAAGUAAUGGCUAAUCAGCUGCUUCAGCCACAGCCAGAGACACUGGCACAGAACCUUCGACCAGAUGGAAAGACAGAAACAUAUAUUGCCAAGCCUGCUUGUCCUGGUCCAUCAGUGAACAACCAAGUCUUGCCACUGUGCCAGAUAACUGUCAAAAUUGGCAAUGAGGCCAUUAUUCGCCGCAAGAUUAAAGGCUCAAAGCUGUUCCCAAAGAUGAAAAAGAAAAGAAACUGGAAGCAAGACAUUGAGAAAUGUACAACAACAGAGGAUAGUGUAGGAUUCCCAAACCUGCGCUUACGAACAGACGUUUCAAGCUCAGUCACAGAAGAGGAGCCAUAUGAUGAUGUGAAUGACCCUGAAAAUGACAAACUGUGGCGUCCUUAUUACUCAUACAAACCUAAAAAGAAGGGCAAAAGAUUUAGGUCCAAACGUAAAAGGUUAAAGGCUGCUCAGUUCUAUACAAAGCCACUGUCCCCUGAAACAGAUGAUGAGUUCAUGGACAUGAAUUGUGGUCUAGAGGAAAGCGUCACAGUAGAGAGGUCUGAGUCAAGGAUGGAGCUAAGGAGUCAAAGUCCAAAAGAGAAUUUUACCUGCCACUGCUGUAGCAGCUCCUUCUUGACUUUAGCUUCCCUCAACAUGCAUAUUGUCAACUGCCAUCAGCCUCGCUGCAAGGUUUGUGGGAAGCAGUGUUCUCUUAAAGAGCUUCCCAAUGGAGAUGUCCCAUUCACUGAGGAUUUUGCAUGCCAAAGUUGCACAGAGGAUGGCUCAUGUUUUAACUCGACAGUUAUGACCCGUAACUUGAAUAGUGAAAAACGCUACCGCUGCUCAUACUGCCCACAGCGGUUCCUCUACCUUGCUACUAAAAAGAGCCACGAAGCAAAACAUCUUGAGAGGUUCAAUACGGAACAUAGCUGUAGGUACUGUCCUAAAGUGUGCAAGUCUGCGAUGCUGCUAAGCAUACAUGAGAGCAAGCAUUUUAAUAAGGUAAAAGAUACACAAAAUAAUGAAAUAAAGGCAAUCACAAGAUCAAUCUUGCCUGCUUCAGACAAAAGAGAACAACCAAAAAUUGAACCUUGGGCAAGUCCAAAACGCUGCAUACCACUUAAAACUGAGGAGGCACUGGACAUGAAUGCUAAGGGAAUUUAUCCCAAAAUCCCUCAACUCCACAAAAAGACAUUCCUUUUUCUAUUGUGUAAAGGUGACAGGAGUUUGCUUCAGUUUCCUCAAGAGAUACAGAGAAGAAAAUCUCAGAAGGAAAGUUUAAUGGAAUUUCCCAAAGACUCCACUCUGGGGGUGAGACGCAAGUGCAAAUGCACCAUCUAAACAUUUAACAACCAUCUCAACACGUCCAAUCUCUAUACAACAUGUCUGACAUGACUGCUUGCUAUUAAGGGUGCUUCCCUGCAGUCACACAAGUUAGAGUGGCAGUUGUGUAAAAAAGAACCUGUUUUUUACACCCACAACUGAUUUUGAAGAAAGGAUGCAGAAGAAUGCAGAAAAUGAUGUUACACAGUAAAUGUUAAGUGCGGUACGAAGAGGCACAUUUGAACCUGUGUGACAGACAUGAAUGUUGUUAAAGUCACUUUACAAUGGUGUAAAUAUAAAGUAUUUUUAUUUGUUUCCUGCAAAAUAAUGUUGGUAGUUUUUUAUGUUUUUUCUAUGAGAGGAGAAUAUUUUAUUUUUGUAUGGUUUCAUUUACCUCCCUGGAUCAAGUGGAUGUGUCAUUGCUUUAUCAGAUGCAUAAAAGAGGGCUUAAUCACAUUUUAAAGACUCAAUUAAAAAGUUCUCCAUCAUAUUUACAUUAUUUGCUACAAGCACUUGAGCAGGGUUAACUAAUUUUUUAUUCAUUUUGAACUACUUGCUCUUUGAAUUGGGCAAAUAAUUUGUAGAGCAUGGAAAUAUGAGCAGGCAGAUGUCACUGUAACUCGCAAAUAACACAUUAAAAUUUACUUAGUAUUUGAAUGGAAAAAGAUAGUUCAAAGGGAAUCGAAGUACUCAAGUGAGUCAUUAAUGUGAAUCAAAUGAGUUGAUGUUUGCAAUGUUCAGUUCAGUGAAAUGUGUAAUUUGUAAUUAACUGUGGACUUUACAAUAAUUGACACAGUCUGUUAGUCCAAAGUGUUUUUGCUGCCCUCUAGUGGCUGGUUGUAUCCCUGCCCUUAACUAUAUCAAAGAACGGACCAAGCUACUUGUCAAUUUACUUGACAGCUGGUUAUUCUGAAGAUUUCCAUUCAUGUUUAUAUUCCUUCCAGUAUUUUUGGUUAUUAUGAAUACAUUUAAAUGAAGUUAUAAACAUACUGAGCGACAGCUAGAACUAAUGCACUUGCAUCAUGGGCACGCAGACACUUUCCCAUAUCUGGCAGACCUCCAUCAUUUAAUAUAUGGCAGGAUUUCCACAGUCCCCAUGUAAAUCUGGAAAUUCACAGCAUAGGGUGUUAAUGUAUUGCCUUCUCCUUUGUCACUGGGCACAGCUGUAAUAAAGGUUAAUAACUUUCAGCAGAUGUUUUAUUAGUCCUGUAAUUGAAUGCAUUAAUUUCCAGAAAUUAACAGAGUAAAAUAUUUUGCAGCUAUAUUAAUGUACUCCGAGUUACUAACGUGGGCAACUUGCACAUGCCUAUUGCAGUUUGAAUGUUAUAUGAAAAUGAUAGGUCUCCUUUUAUUACAGCUGCUGAGCAGGUUCGUCCAUUUGUAAUUUCUUUUUUUUUUCUUGUUUUUUUUGGCUCUAAUAUAUAUGUAUUGUGCUGUUCCUGAAUCCACUUCUCUGGCAGUACAAACAGGUUUCGAAUGAGACGAGGGUGAACACUUUGUAUUCAAGUAUAACUUCAAGCAGUUCCACUUCAUCAUCAUUCAGAUAUAAAUCUUAUGGUUUGUUAUUUUUCAUUUAAGAUCUUUUGACAAUGUCAGUGUUCAAUGUCAGUUCUUCAUUCCACCUUCUCACGUUUGCUUCUAGAGUUUAAGAUUUUUUAAUUGGAAUUGAAAAUCAGAUUAACCAGAACUCAUUGGAUUCAUUCAUCUUUUAAUCCAAAUCACUAUAAAUGUGUCAUAAUACAGCCGAUACACAGCACUCACACGACACCAACAUAUUUGUAGCAUUUAUCGUUAAAGCUCAGUUCUCAAUUGCUACUCUUUUCCGAGCUUGAUUCAGAGAAGGGGAUUCAAAAGUGUUUCUUUACAGUUCUCUAUCAGUGUAAAAUAUUUAGCUUCCAUGACAACUCCUAUCUUUCUCUUUUCAUUAACAGCAAUGGCACUGUUCUUUACAGGAUGUUCUAACUGUUCACACAAAUGCUCCUAUGAAGGAUGCGCAAUAAAUAUUAUUAAUUGCAAUAAA